UCUGUGGUCACAUUUCACAGGAAACCAAACCUAAAACGGACCUAGGAGGGGUUUUCUGCUAAAGGACACUGCUUAGAAUUGAGAAUAAUUCAUCUCAUUGCAUUACGGAUUACUGGCUCCCAGAGUUUUCUGCAAUGCUGCCACGGUGGCCCCUCACAGGAGACCAACAUCUCAGCACGGGACCUUGUGCACCUCCACGGCUCUUCAGGCUGAACUGAAGAUCCCUCUUAUUUGCGCGGAGCCAAGAACUAUGAACAGACAGGGCAACAGAAGGACAACAAAAGAAGGAUCCAGUGAUUUGAAAUUCCAGAACCUCUGUCUGCCGAAAAAUAGGUCAUGGCCUCGAAUCCACAAUGCCACCGGCCAGGCUGUCGACGAGCCUCUUCUGGAACAUGAAAGGAACUUUGCUGUGGCAAUUCUGGAUGGAUCGAAAGACCACAUGGAUGGCGACUAUGAGGACCCUGAGCUUCACAUGGUAGAAGCGUGGCCAUCAAUACAAAUUUUGCCAGCCAGGCCUAUAAAGGAAUCAGAAUAUGCAGAUACACGCUAUUUCAAGGGUAUGAUGGACACUCCCAAUCCCUUAGACACCAAGACCUCUGUCCCCACGGAGCGCCAUCCCUGGUGCACACAGAUGGGGCUGGAGAAAGUGGGCAAACCCGUUUCCAAGGAUUCCAGAAGCCAACAUGUUAAAGGAGACAGACCCACAAAGGGAAACAAGACUCCUUUACCACCUCCUCGGCCACUUGCCACUCUUCCAAAGAAGUACCAGCCCUUGCCCCCACAGCCGGAGAGUAGCUGGUCGCCCCUCCCUCCGGGGCUCAGCCUCCCCAACGUCCAGAAAGGACCCAGGCAGAUAAGCUUAAAGGACUUAAGUGAGGUCCUUGGGACAGAUCGAGUUCCUCAUUAUCAGAAGAAACCUGAAUCAAUUCACCUGUCACGAAAUCAAAGCCCUCCAGAUAUUCCUCUUGCCACUUCCAGCUCACCAUUCGUGACCAGGAACCACAGUGUGCAAAACAGAGAUCAUAAAGAAAGCAUGCAGUUUCAUCCUCCUCAGAGAUGUCAGUCUCCAGCCCACCUCAGUCCUCAGGAAAAUUCACUGCACUAUAAAAACACAAACUGGAGGAAACCUUUCUCCAUGAGGUCUGAUGAAAAGGAUGUCCAACGGAAUGACUGGUACAUCGGAGAACACAGUCGCCAGGCAGUGGAAGAAGCAUUAAGGAAGGAGAACAAGGAUGGCACUUUCUUGGUCCGAGACUGUUCCACGAAAUCCAGGGCAGAACCCUACGUGCUGGUGGUGUUUUAUGGGAACAAAGUCUACAAUGUGAAAAUCCGUUUCCUGGAGAAGAAUCAGCAGUUUGCCCUGGGGACAGGACUGAGGGGAGAUGAGAAGUUUAAUUCAGUGGAAGACAUCAUCGAACACUACAAGUAUUUUCCCAUCGUACUAAUUGACGGGAAAGACAAAACUGGAAUCCACAGGGAGCAAUGCUACCUGACUCAGCCCCUCCCCCUCAGCAGGUGCUUCUCACCUUGGUAGUCUGAUUUUGUUUUCUCUGGGGUUCCAAUCCCACCAGAUCCAACACCUCUACCCACUUUUCAUUGAUUUCAAAAGACGAUUUUUCUGUGGCUUGGAGGGAUCCCUUUUUUGACUUCGGAGAAAAGGAAAACAUUCUAUAAUGGAAAUUGGGAAAUUGAUCUCAGUUUUGAAAGUUCAAACCACAGAAGAAAUAUUGGUAAGAAGAAAAAAUAAAAACGGGCUUUUAAAAAAUAUCUCCUAAAGAGAAAACUAUAAACGUGGUCACCAUGGGUCACUAUCCUUCCAGAUGAGAAAUAAAGGCGAUGAGAAGCUUUGCUUAGAUGUUUGCAGCUAGCAUGGGACAAAUCUGGGUGAGACUCCCAUACCUAUUCUCUUUAUAGGACCUGGUCCUGCCUUUGUUUCAGAAGUGGUAGGACCUGUGAAGGUACAAUGUUUUUGAGAUCCCUUAUGCUGAAGAUGAUGGUGAAUGGAAGCUCUAUUUCAUUUGUAAUCCUGAAACCUCAAUUUUAGGGAAGGAAUGUAACAAAAAAGUAAAGUGUUUGCAAAUGUCACCUGUAAGACAGAAAUCAGAAAUGCUUUCACUCCGGGGAUAGAGGGCUGUGGGCCCAGCCUUCAGGACUCUGUUUUGAGUGGCUUUAAGACAAAUGGAAUUAUCAGAUUUGCAGUAAGGGAGUAAGCCUAAGUCUGAGCAAAAGUGUUGUUGUUGUUGUUGUUGUUGUUUUUAAUUCCAAUUAUGGACUUCCCUUCAAAAGAAGAGAAGUAUCCUCAGAUUAGUGCUAUUUUGAAGGAAUAUUGCAUGCCUCCUGAUACUGUUCCCUCCUAAAGCUAAAAGGAUCUUACAUUAUUCCUAUUUUAUAAUACAAAUAAGGAGUAAGAGGCUGAGAAAGGUUACUGGUCCCAUUCAGUGUAAAAAGGGAGCACACAUCUUUACCCAUUUUGCCUGGCUCCAUCCUAGCACGCCUUCCCAAGUACAUUCCCCAUGGAAUUUUAUCAUCAAGUUGAAAAGCUAGAAAGACACCAUUCGGAAAUACAGAUUUGCCUGCACUGAAAUACAUAAAUAAAUAAACUCUUUAGUGGAGUAAGUUUAAAAAAGAAAGAGAGAAAAAAAGAGAGUUCUGGUUGAAAUCAAUCUACAUAAUGACUUCAAAUGUUACAAAAGCCUAUACAUGAAAUGUAUGAAAUAUUUAUGCAAGAGUAGCAUUAAGGCAGAAGUAAAAUCAAAACCAAAUUAGAAGGAAAGAGAUAACAAUGGGAACCGUGCUCGGGAUUCUCUCCUCUAAAACAGCAACUGAGGAAUGCUCUCAGAGGAGUUCUUGAAGUCUACCUACCAACCAACCCGACAGCUGCAUGGGUUCAGCUUUCCCAAGGUCAGUGGGAAGUUAUGUCUCUAAGUCAGGUCAGGAGCAUUUGAUGAAGGAGCUCUUUGUCGGUUCGAGUUCCUGAUGCCCCACUGAGUCUCCCUUCCAGGGCACCUGCACGGGAUCACAUAGAAACCAGGAGCUGAGCAGACCUGAACUGUGGCUUCUAAGGAGCGUACUGCUCAGAGCUGCAGGAAUUGUGGCUUCUGGUCACUCUCAGCUAGACUUCAGCAAACUCAGGCCAGCAUGGAAAGAGACUGUGGAGGUCCCAGCUGGGAUGCAGGAAGAAUCUGCGCCUCCCUCUACAAAGCUUUCGGAAGAUGCCCACGAACUCAGAUUCACUGGUUUGCACCAUUCAACACUGUGUGCUCAAGAAGUGUCUGAGUCUCCUCAAGCAUUGUGGCUGUCAAAAAGGGUGAGCAUCUGCUGGUGGCUAGCAUUUUAUGAGGCUUAUGUUCUUCAAAAUGCUUCAUUCAUAAAUGCCUGAUAUGAUGGGAAGAGGAAGAGGAGGUAGAAAUCAACCAUCUUAAAAUAAAAGGCCCACCAUGCUUAUCCGUAAUGAAAAUCUCUGGAAAGAAAGAUAAAACUCAAAAUAUUGACAGGGUUGUUUUUGAGAUGAUUAGGGUUUGAGGGAUCAUGUUAGUUGGGUCUUCUGGAACUCAGAUGCCAAGACAAGAGUUAGAAAUGCAAACAUUUGUUAGAGGUGAUGCCUGAGAGAGAUAAGGGGUGAGGGGAAGGAAUAGGACUGGGCAGGGAGAGCUUUUGGACUGUGACGUGGUCUGACCCCUAUGAAAGGAGAGAGAGAAGGAGGGAGGUGGGAGUAAGGAAACCAGCCAGCUGAGAUAGAGCUCUGAGAGAGUCCUGGUCAGGCCGCUGGUACCAUUCAGAGCAAGGAUUGCUCAUAGAGGAUACAGUCCCAUGUGAGGCAGAAAUGGCUAGGUCUUAGGACACACAGCACCAUGUAAGUCAUUCCCAGAGACACAGGAAACACAACCUUCUGAUGCUGUGGGAGAUCCAGAAGCUUCUACAGAGGAAGGCUUUCAGAUAGCCCACUCAUUAACAAGUUACUCUUUCAAGAGAGAGCCAAGUGGCUCCCCUACCAUGCCUGCUACAAUGACUCUCCUUUACAGUGUUGAUUGUAAUAAGGACAUAUUCUUAUAAAUAUUACUGAAGAUAAGAAUAUACCUAUUUUAAUUGCACUUGAUUCUCACAACAGUUCUGUAAAGAAGGCAGGGCAGGUCUUCUGGACACACUGCAUGACUGAGGACUCUGUGUCUCCUUGACCCAAAUCUUAUGCUGACAUAGUCAUGGCUGAACCAAGGUCUUCAGACGCAAUUCUAUUCAGUGUCUAGCUGCUUAUUGGAUCUGUAAUUGAAAAAGUUCAAAUGAUAUGGGCUUGGCUUGCCCAAAUUCCAAAGCAGUUUAAUCCCUCUUCAACUCGUAUUUCAUUUUCAGUGGAAAAGUGUCACUUGAUUCCUAGCCAUCAGAGUAGGAAAUCUGACUUUAUCUGAUUAUAGCAUCUAUGCAUUUAAGGCAUUUCUUGUUGGCUAAAUAACUAUCAUUCUGGAUCAAUUUGUACCUUCCUCAACUUUAAUAAUACCUUGCUCUAAGUACUUGUUUGUGUACACAUAUACAUUUGUUACUAGACAUUCUUGAGGAUGUUCGAAUUAUAGUGGUGAAUUAAGUGGGAGAAACAGACAAUGAAAAAGUACCCAGUAAAUAAAAUAAUCAAUUUUACUGUAUUUCCAGUUGAACACUUACCACUGAGGGCUUAUCAGUGAGGCCAACACUUGAUAUUUUGAGGAAGCUUUUUUGAGAUGUUUUCUAAAAGUUCUAUACCAGAAAAUUUUAAAUUUUUCCAAAUUACUUAAUGAAAAAUUUACUCACUUGGGUAUAUGUGUGUGGGAGAGGAUGUGGGUGUGUGGGUGUGUGUUUGAGUAACUACACUGUAGCUGAAAUCAGUUAAAUUUUCCAUGCUAAUGACCAGAGAGUAAACAAAUUUUACCCCAUUAUCAAACUCAGCUCAUUGCCAUGUGUAGGUACACAUAAACACGUUUUUUAUAAGAUGGUCUGUAUCAUAGAUGACUAGCAUUUUAUUUGUGUACCCAUUUUUGUAUACUAAUAUUUGUUCUAGCUAACAUUCACUUUCUUUUGAAUAUUCAUGAUUGAUAGCUAUAUUAAGAUAAAUGAAAUCAAAUAUGUAAUUGAAUGUCAUAAUAUCUCUAACUAUUAAAGAAAGGAAUUCAAA